AUGAUCUUCGCCGCCCGUCAACUUCAGGAGAAGUGCCAGGAGAUGCGGACCCACCUGUACUCUACCUUCGUGGACCUGGCGAAAGCCUUUGACACGGUGAAUCGUGAAGGACUGCGUAAGAUCAUGCAGAAAUUCGGCUGUCCGGAGCGAUUCACUCAGAUGGUGCGUCAGCUGCACGACGGUAUGAUGGCGCGAGCUGUCUCAGAGGCAUUCGCAGUGACCAACGGAGUGAAGCAGGGAUGCGUGCUGGCGCCUACCCUCUUCAGUCUUAUGUUCUCUGCCAUGCUGAUGGACGCCUACCGCGACGAACGUCCCGGGAUCCGCAUCGCCUACAGGACGGACGGUCACCUCCUGAAUCAACGGCGGAUGCACUUCCAAUCGCGCGUAUCCCCAACCACUGUUCACGAACUCCUCUUCGCCGACGACUGCGCCCUGAACACCACCUCGGACGAGGAGAUGCAACGGAGCAUGAACCUGUUCUCCGCCGCCUGCGAGAACUUCGGUCUGGUCAUCAACACACAGAAGACGGUGGUGAUGCACCAACCGCCACCCAACUCAGACACAGCCCCCAACGCGCCGCCGCAAAUCAGCGUGAAUGGGACCCACCUGCAAGUGGUGGAGAACUUCCCGUACCUGGGCAGUACUCUCUCCCGCAACACCAAGAUCGACGACGAAGUCGCCAACAGGAUCUCGAAAGCCAGUCAAGCCUUCGAUCGCCUCCAAAGCACAGUUUGGAAUCGCCACGGUCUUCAACUGAGCACGAAGCUGAUGAUGUACAAGGCCGUCAUCCUGCCGACGCUACUGUAUGGAGCGGAGACGUGGACGGUGUACACGAGGCAGGCACGCCGACUGAAUCACUUCCACCUCAGUUGUCUCCGUCGCAUCCUGAGGCUGAACUGGCAGGAUCGCAUCCCCGACACUGAUGUGCUGGAACGAACGGGAAUACUCAGCAUCUACUCCAUGUUGAGACAAAUGCAGCUGCGCUGGAGCGGCCACCUGGUGCGCAUGGACGACGAGCGACUACCCAAACGGCUCUUCUACGGAGACGUCGCGACGGGUUCUCGUCGUCAAGGAGGCCCACUUCGUCGAAACAAGGAUACCCUGAAGUCCUCCCUGAAGCUACUGCAAAUCAACCCGACCAACUGGGAAGAGCUCGCCCGCGAUCGUCCGACAUGGAGGAGAACAGUGAAGGCGGGCGCUACUAUCCACGAAGCCAACCGCAUAGCCGCCGCCAAAGCGAAACGCGAAGCCCGCAAAUCACAACUUCGCCCAGUACGCAACGCCGCCUCACAACCGCUUCCAACGUGUCCUCGAUGUCAACGGGCAUUCCGGGCUCGAAUCGGACUUGUUGGACAUCUUCGGACCAACUGCGCCUCUCGAACUGCACCAACGAUCGUCCCCCCGCCCGACUCUUCCUCCCCGCCGCCGCCAACUAACUCUGACAAUUCUUCUGAACCACCACUUCCAUCCUCCUCCUCCGCCUCCUCCACUGCUCCAACGGCGGCCGCCCAGGCAACUGCCACGCGCGCAACAACCGACGCCACCACCACCACCACCUCCCCCGACUCCAGCGAUGAGGAUCAGGACUACACCUGCCCUCACUGCGGCUGCACCUUCACCUCACACAUCGGCCUGGCCGGUCACUUGCGAAUCCAUCGCACAGAGACUGGCGAACCAGUGCCUGGAGCACUAACCUACACCCACCGCACUCGCCUUCACUGCCCACACAUCCCUCGCACCUUCCGGCAUCGCAUGGGCCUAUUCGGCCACAUGCACAUCCACGAGAACGGCAUUGACCGCACUCCUGACACACCCACCACAUCCAACGCAUCCACCGUGCAAAACCCCACACCCGCUCCACCCGUCCGCGCCACCACCACCACCACCACCACCACCACCUCCUCUGUAGGUGACACUGCCACCGCCGACUUCUCAUGCCCACACUGUCCACGCACAUUCACCUCACGCAUCGGCCUGGUCGGUCACUUGCGAAUCCAUCGCACAGAGACUGGAUAA